UGCUUCCCUCCGCUCUCUUGGUGUCUCCUCCUCUACUCCGCUUCUCUCCACCUCGCCGCGACGAGAGAGAGAGAGAGGGAGGGGGGAGAGAGAGAGAAGUAUCGAUCCAUCCGCGUUUAUCUCCGCGUAUGUAUUAUAGUUCAUAUUGCCGCAGCAUUCAUUAAUAUGCUAACAUUGAUGAUGAAGAACAAUUGUAAUGAUGAUGAUAUUGGGAGUGAGUUUUAUGACUCCUUUAAUUUAGAUAAUACCAUAGAGAAUGUACAUUCACAAAACAAUAAGUUGGAGCUGGCUAAAACUGGAGAGUUCAAUCAAUAUGAGCAAACAACCGGAUUUUCUUUGCCUUGUGGAGAUCUGCAGUAUGAUGUGUACCUAAGGACUCAGAUAGCCGGGCAGGAUAAUAAGAGUGGGGAAGGUGCUGAUUUUAUGGAUGAUGGAACUUUUACUUUGCUUAAGGAUUUGGUAACUGAAUCAAGAACUUCGUCACCAUAUUAUGAGAAGGAUCAUCAGUUAAAUUCACUAAAUUAUGUCAAUCAAGAUGGACAUGGCAUUCCUACAACAACAAAUCCUACCUGGGACUUGACUCAGAGUUGCAAUCCGUUGAACCAUUCCCUGACAGAGGAUUCUGUUCCUUUCAAUGUUGGUACUUCAGCUGGAGUCCUGACUAAUGCCACCUCAAAUGAUUUUAUUCCCAUUGAUGAGCUAGCAAUCACGAGUGGGAGAUAUGGAGUACUACCUUCCAUUGAGAAAACUGAAGAAGGCAGUAUUGCCAUCGACGAAGCUAACUCGUUUGGGGCAACUGCAACCAUGUGCUAUAAUAGCGUUCAUUUCUCUCAUUGGAUUGACCAGAAUUUAACUGGUCCAUUGCCUGAUUUAGCUGAUCUUCCUGACAUAUAUCCAGACAGUUUCUUACCAACACCUAGAAAGAACAUCACUCUUGUUCUUGAUCUUGAUGAAACUCUUAUCCACUCAUCAGCGGUUGACCGUGAUGGUGCUGACUUUUCAUUUCCUAUGUACCAUGGCUUAAAAGAGCACACUGUGUACGUGAAGAAGAGGCCACAUGUCGACACCUUCCUUCAGAAGGUGUCUGAGAUGUUUAAGGUUGUUAUCUUCACAGCUAGCCUAAGCUCCUAUGCAAAUCGGCUGCUUGAUAUGUUGGAUCCCAAGAACAUAUUUUUUACCAAGCGUUAUUUCCGGGAUUCAUGCCUGCCUGUAGAUGGUAGCUAUCUUAAGGAUCUGACUGUUAUUGUUGCUGAUCUCGCAAAGGUUGUGAUAAUCGACAAUUCUCCAGAGGUUUUCCGGCUACAGGAGGAAAAUGGUAUACCUAUAGAGAGUUGGACCAGCGACCCGGCUGACAAAUCAUUGGUUGAGCUGAUACCCUUCCUGGAAGCCAUUGCUGUUGCAGAUGACGUCCGACCAAUUAUCGCCCAAAUGUUAGGCCGUCCAAGAUCAAUUGCUUAGAUGUUGCGACAAAUAUCAGAAACUGCUCAUUUGCUUAUUUUACAAAGAAUUUUUUCCCCAUAGUUGAACAGGAUACCUGUGUGGUACAUCAUCGAACUAGUUUCCCAUUGCUUCUUUUACCGAGUUUGAUUCCCAAGAUUUUGUGAAUUCUUUUGGUGGGAAUGUUAAUUUUUGUACUUGCAGUUCUGUACGUAGCGUCUACCUUAAACUAGCCUAUGUACAAACAAAUUCAAUCAUAGGAGACUAAAGAUUAUACUCCCUCCGUUUUUUAAUAGAUGACGCCGUUGACUUUUUCUUACAUGUUUGACCAUUCGUCUUAUUUAAAAAUUUUAUGCAAAUGUAUAAGAUAUAAAUCACACUUAAAGUACUAUGAGUGAUAAAACAACUCAUAACAAAAUAAAUUAUAAUUACGUAAAUUUUUUGAAUAAGACGAAUUGUCAAACAUGUACGAAAAAAUCAACGGCGUCAUCUAUUAAAAAACGGAGGUAGUAUUUCCUUUCCAAGUUCAUCCUCUGAUUUAUCUACAUCAUAUGGAUGUGGAUAAGUGGAUUGAUGUUGUCCAGGAGUAAAUUAUAUCAUCCUGCUUGAUCUGACACCCCUUCAUCCUAGUCCAUGAGUCGGGCAAGCUUUGAAGAUGAAGAAGAGGGAGGUUGAAGAUGAUGGACCUGAAGGCGGAGAAGGAGGUCAUCGCUGGAAAAGCUGUGGCGCCGGCGGAGAAGCCAACACCGAAUCCGGUGGAGGUGGAGAUAUAUCCAUUAUACAUGUGUCAUGUGUAUUCGACUUCUGUGCUGCCUGCUCAAGCUGGUAUCAUCUGUGCUGCUUGAUAAAUAAAUUUGCUUAUGGUUAGCACUGGAUAGGAAAACUUUCUGUCUAUCAGUAAUAUCAGUCAGGAUUCAUGAGUUUUUUGGCCCA